AUGAAUGAGUUAAAAGUGUACAGCUGCAUGACGCAAGUGUUCCCUUUGGUAUUGUUGAUAUGCACAACGGUUAUACCAGCCUCUGAAGAUGUCAAGGCAUUGAAAUGUCCACCAUCACCAGCACAGUGUCAAUAUGACGCCUCAGUUUUUGAUGAACACUUUUACUUUAUAGAAGGUUUGAAAUUUGAAAUAGUUUACAGAGGAACGUAUUUAUCGUUUAAAUGCCCCGAAGGCGUCGGCUUUGAGAGCGAAUCGAUGCCCCGGUUUUCACGCGCGGUGCGCGUUCAACUGGUCGUGCUGACGCGCUGCGCGGUGCCCGCCGCGCCCUUCGCGCGCGCCCUCGCCGCGCUCAACGUCACCGUCCUCGAUAAACUCAUCCUAAGAGAUCCCCGCGGCGACUUGCAGUCCUUCCAUUUCACGGGGCUCGAUGUGUCGGCGCUCGAGGUGUGGGCGAAGGAGCGCGUCGCGCUGGCGGAGGAGGCGCUGGGGUCGCUGGGCGCUCUCACCGAGCUGUGGCUGGUGCGCGUGGCGCUCGCCGAGCCCGCCCUGCUGCGUCUGCCCGCGUCGUUGCUUCGCCUCCACAUCGAAUCCUGCAACAUCACCGAGUUCGCGACGCCGGCGCUUCGGAGACUCUCGUCCCUCGUCUACCUAAGGCUAUAUGAAACGACUUUGACCGUCGCACCGGAUUUGAGUGCCGCUCCGUCUCUGCAAGCCGUCUCGUUUAGUGCUCCGUUAAACGGCUUGCCCUCGUCGAUAACUAUUAAGAAUAUUACAGCCCAAAAUUGUAAUAGUUUGGGAAUUCUCGGCGAGUGCGGUGCUUUAUCUCGGCUGGAGGUGAGCAGGGCCGGAAGCGCGCCGCCGGCGGGCUGGCUGGCGCGCUGUCCCGCGCUCGCCGAGCUGUCGCUGAGCGGGACGCGGCUGUCCGAGCUGCCGGCGGACCUGGUGCGUGCGGCGCCGCGCCUGCGCCGGCUGGCGGUGCGCGGCUGCGGCUUGCGUCACCUGCCACACGAUCUGCUGGCGAAUGUGCGGGACCUGCAUGAACUCGAUUUCUCCAACAAUCAACUCGAAACUUUGCCCGAGGAGCUGCUGGUGUCGGUGCGCGCGCUGCGCUCGCUGGACCUCAGCAACAACCGGCUGACGCUCGCCGGCGCUCGGGCCGCGCUCGCCCCCACCUCGCUGCACCGCCUGGCGCUCGACGGCAACCCGCUCGGCGACCUCUGCCCCACCGGCUCACACGACCUCUACCGGGACGGUGUGUCGGCGCUGUUCGCGAUGCGCGCGCUGCGGGCGCUGGGUCUGGCCCGCACCGGCCUCACCCGCAUCUGUGCUGACUGGCGCCGCGACAUGCGCGCCCUCGCGCGCCUAGACCUGCGCCACAACAACAUCUCCGCCCUACAGGUACACACGCGCCCACACGCCCUCGCGCGCCUAGACCUGCGCCACAACAACAUCUCCGCCCUACAGGUACACACGCGCCCACACGCCCUCGCGCGCCUAGACCUGCGCCACAACAACAUCUCCGCCCUACAGGUACACACGCGCCCACACGCCCUCGCGCGCCUAGACCUGCGCCACAACAACAUCUCCGCCCUACAGGUACACACGCGCCCACACGCCCUCGCGCGCCUAGACCUGCGCCACAACAACAUCUCCGCCCUACAGGUACACACGCGCCCACACGCCCUCGCGCGCCUAGACCUGCGCCACAACAACAUCUCCGCCCUACAGGUACACACGCCCCCACACGCCCUCGCGCGCCUAGACCUGCGCCACAACCACAUCUCCGCCCUACAGGUACACACGCGCCCACACGCCCUCGCGCGCCUAGACCUGCGCCACAACAACAUCUCCGCCCUACAGGUACACACGCGCCCACACGACCCACACGCCCUCGCGCGCCUAGACCUGCGCCACAACAACAUCUCCGCCCUACAGGUACACACGCCCCCACACGCCCUCGCGCGCCUAGACCUGCGCCACAACAACAUCUCCGCCCUACAGGUACACACGCGCCCACACGCCCUCGCGCGCCUAGACCUGCGCCACAACAACAUCUCCGCCCUACAGGUACACACGCGCCCACACGCCCCACACGCCCUCGCGCGCCUAGACCUGCGCCACAACAACAUCUCCACCCUACAGGUACACACGCGCCCACACGCCCCACACGCCCUCGCGCGCCUAGACCUGCGCCACAACAACAUCUCCGCCCUACAGGUACACACGCCCCCACACGCCCUCGCGCGCCUAGACCUGCGCCACAACAACAUCUCCGCCCUACAGGUACACACGCGCCCACACGCCCCACACGCCCUCGCGCGCCUAGACCUGCGCCACAACAACAUCUCCACCCUACAGGUACACACGCGCCCACACGACCCACACGCCCUCGCGCGCCUAGACCUGCGCCACAACAACAUCUCCGCCCUACAGGUACACACGCCCCCACACGCCCUCGCGCGCCUAGACCUGCGCCACAACAACAUCUCCGCCCUACAGGUACACACGCCCCCACACGCCCUCGCGCGCCUAGACCUGCGCCACAACAACAUCUCCGCCCUACAGGUACACACGCGCCCACACGCCCUCGCGCGCCUAGACCUGCGCCACAACAACAUCUCCGCCCUACAGGUACACACGCGCCCACACGCCCCACACGCCCUCGCGCGCCUAGACCUGCGCCACAACAACAUCUCCACCCUACAGGUACACACGCGCCCACACGCCCCACACGCCCUCGCGCGCCUAGACCUGCGCCACAACAACAUCUCCGCCCUACAGGUACACACGCGCCCACACGCCCCACACGCCCUCGCGCGCCUAGACCUGCGCCACAACAACAUCUCCGCCCUACAGGUACACACGCGCCCACACGCCCCACACGCCCCACACGCCCUCGCGCGCCUAGACCUGCGCCACAACAACAUCUCCGCCCUACAGGUACACACGCGCCCACACGCCCCACACGCCCCACACGCCCCACACGCCCUCGCGCGCCUAGACCUGCGCCACAACAACAUCUCCGCCCUACAGGUACACUCGCCCCCACACACCCUCGCGCGCCUAGACCUGCGCCACAACAACAUCUCCGCCCUACAGGUACACACGCCCCCACACGCCCUCGCGCGCCUAGACCUGCGCCACAACCACAUCUCCGCCCUACAGACCUGCGCCACAACAACAUCUCCGCCCUACAGGUACACACGCCCCCACACGCCCUCGCGCGCCUAG